AUGUCCACUGAAUAUGUACUCAAAAGAAUUAACCUUUUAAAGCAGGAGAAAAAGUCGUUGGAAAGCUUACUUCAAAACACAGAAGAAGAAGUCUUGAGGAUUAUGAAAAAAAAUGCUGAAGAAAGCAGGAGAGUAAAACAGCUGCUUGAAUCAGCGUUGCCACUUAGAAAUGAAAAUAAUAUAAAAAAUCUUGGGGAAUCUACUGAAAAUUUUACUCAAACGGAAAAUAAUUUAUCGAAAUUUUAUCAUACGGUAGCGUUAGAAGAAGAAAUCAUCAGCAUUAAGGAAACAGUUCUUAAUGCGAUGACGAAUUAUCGGAUUAUGAAGAAUACACUUGAAAGGAGAAAGAAGAAAAAUAAAGUGAUGGAAGAUUUAAUUAGGCAGUAUCAAGAAAGAAUAGAGUCUUUAAAUAACUCCUUUUAAGUAAGAAAAAAAUCUCUUUCAGUAAUUUUUUAAAAAAAAAUUAUAUAAAAUAUAUGACAAGUUAAUUUGCAAAUUUAUCAAUUCACUAAUUUUGUUUGGAUAUUAAAACUAUAUGCAAAAACACUCUUUUUCAUCUAUAAAUUUAAAUUUUGCUCUAAUUUAAAGGAGCUAAUUUAUCAAAAAAAAUGGAAAUUUUUCCAAUAUUUUAAAAGGGAUGAGUAAAGAGAAAAUAAAUUUAAGAAGUAAAUGUGAAGCAAGUAGAGAAGAACAGAAAACGAUGAUUGAUCAUAUUAGAUAUGGAGAUUUAAUAGCGGAUCCAGCACCUUACGUAUUUAAGAUACAGAAAGAGUAA